CCUAGUCGCACCUCGGGCGGCCCGAAGCUGGGGUGCCGAGAAGACGGUUCGGCCAUAAUGGAGCCGGAGCAGCCUGGCAGGCCGCCUCCCCCAAGCCCAGCCAUCGAGUUUGCCGAGGACGAGGAGACAGAGCCGCAAUACGAUGAAUCUGAUUUGCCAACAGAGUUCCGGAUGGUAAGCGGUUCUAAAAAGUUCCUGAACUUCACAUCUUCUGUCGCCAACCAGCUCCUGCUUGUUUCUGUGCUAGAACAUCUUUGCCAUGUAUACGCACAAGACCCUACACGUUCAAGGCGUUUGUUUCAAUUACUGUGCAAGACCUUUACUCAAAUGGGCUUGCUUUCCUCUUUCGCCUCCUGUGAUGAAUUCAGCAGUUUGAGGCUGCAGCAUAACCGGGCCAUUACUCAGUUAAUGAAGGCGGCUAAUCAGCAAAUACUCAAUGGGGAGUUUGGUGCUGGUGAUUCACAAACAAACAGGGAAAAUGAAAUUCUCUUUGAAGCACAAACAUCUCGUUACAUCAAUGAAUUUGAUGAGAUUUCCAGGCUGGGAAAGGGAGGGUAUGGGACGGUGUACAAGGUCCGGAACAAACUAGAUGGCCAGUUCUAUGCGAUUAAAAAAAUCCUUAUUAAGAAGGCAACCAAAAGAGAUUGCAUGAAGGUGUUACGAGAAGUUAAAGUGUUGGCAGAGCUGCAACACCCAAAUAUUGUCGGGUAUCACACUGCUUGGAUGGAACAUGUUCAGCCAGCAUACUUAAAAGCUGAGAAUACCUUGGAGUUGCCAUCCCUGAAAAUGACUUCUGGUCAAGGAAGUAAUAAAAAUGAUUGCAGUGUUGAAGACAUGGAAGAGAGCAGCUCCAUUAUCUUUGCUGACCCUAAUGAUUCAGUCAGAAGGGAUAGUGAAGGAAGUAAAAUGAAUGCGUGCGAACUGUCUGUCGACUCCUGUGACAGCAGCUGUACAAAUGAGGCUGCCAGUAGAUCGCUCUGUGUAGACAAUCCUCCAUCUGCUCAAGACAGAAAGAAUGGCAGUGCAAGCCAAGAAGAGCUUUUCCGGAAAGAUCUGUCUUUGCAAGGGCAAUGUGAGGUGGAAUAUCAUCUGAUGCUUCACAUACAGAUGCAACUGUGUGAAACCUCCUUGUGGGACUGGAUUGCUAACAGAAAUAGGAGGUGCCUAAGUACAGAGGAGACUUCCGAUCCUUAUCAGCACGUAGACGUUAACUGGACAUUAAAAAUCUUCCAAGAGCUGCUAGAAGGGGUGUAUUAUAUCCACAGUAUGGGAAUUCUGCACCGGGACAUUAAACCCAGAAAUAUCUUUCUCCAUGGACCUGAUCACCAUGUGAAAAUAGGAGAUUUUGGGCUGGCCUGUAAGGAUAUUAUCCAGAAAGAGACACACCACUCGCAGAAUGUGAAGAUGACAGGCCUGAUACAUACAUCUGGAGUGGGUACUUGCUUAUAUGCAUCACCUGAACAAUUGCAAGGCUGUCAAUAUGACUUCAAGUCAGACAUGUACAGUGUCGGUGUUAUCCUGCUAGAACUCUUCCAGCCUUUUGGAACAGAAAUGGAACGAACUGAAAUUCUGAUGGGUUUGAGAAAAGGUCACAUUCCUCUUUCCUUCAGCGGGAAAUGGCCAAUACAGACCAAAUACAUUAAGCUGCUAACCACUGAAGUAUCUUCUCAGAGACCAACUGCUGGUCAGCUCCUUGAAAGUGAGCUCUUCCACAAUACAGCAAAUGUUAUUUGUAGUUUACAGCAGAAAGUGAUGCAGCAAGAAGAAGAAAUCAAAUUACUGAAAGAGAAAGUGAAGCUACUUCUACAGGAAAGAGAGGAGAGAGAUCAAAUCAAGCACGCCGGUUCUCCUGUUUAGGAUGGUUAAAAUGUGUAUAAUAAUUUCUAUUCAUAUAUUCUGUCAAAUGUCUUAUUUUUAUAAAAAAUAUCUGUGAGAAGUAUCAUGUAGUGUAUAGUUUUUGCCUUAAUCAGAACAC